AUGUCGGGCCUUGACGUAGAGGCACUGCUCGACUCGACUGCCUCCACCAUCAAGGAGCAGCAGAACACCAAAUCCACGGCCAAUGGCGAUUCCCCACAGGAUGGCAGCCGCAGCGAACGCCGAGAAAACGAUCGGGACCGCGAUGGCGGCAGAGAUAGGGAACCCCGCGAUAGGAAGCGCAGAGAUCGCGACCGUAGUACCGGCCGCCAUCGCGCUUCGUCCAGCGGCAGAGACACUCCCAGAAGCGACGCUGGCAGCCAUAAGAGUAGGCGCCGUAGCCGAAGCCGUGAUUCGAACCGCCGAGACUCACGUCGUCACAGAGAUGGCGACUACUAUCGCGGAAGCCGCCGUGGUGGCCGCUCCCGUUCCCGCUCCCCCAACCGCUACUACCGACCUCAUGGAGACGACCGCCGCGACCGCGAUCGCCCCAGAGACGAUGACCGCCGUCGCCAUCGUGAUGAUGACAGGCGCGGUGGCCGGACCAGCACUCCCCGCGACUCGCCCCCUCCCCUCACCGAGGACGAGCGCGAUCGUCGCACCGUUUUUGUUCAACAGCUCGCUGCCCGUCUCCGCACCAAGGAGUUGAAGGAGUUUUUCGAGAAGGUUGGCCCCGUUGCUGAAGCACAGAUCGUGAAGGACCGUGUGAGCAACCGCUCGAAGGGAGUUGGUUAUGUCGAGUUCAAGAACGAAGAUUCCGUUCAGGCCGCGUUGCAGCUUACAGGUCAAAAGCUCCUAGGUAUUCCCGUCAUCGUGCAGCUCACCGAAGCUGAGAAGAACCGACAAGUCCGCAACCCGGAUGCCACCGGCAACCACCCCAACUCCAUCCCUUUCCAUCGUCUCUAUGUUGGCAAUAUCCACUUCAGCAUCACCGAGCAGGAUUUGCAGAAUGUAUUCGAGCCCUUUGGUGAACUCGAAUUCGUCCAGUUGCAGAAAGACGACACUGGAAGGAGUCGAGGCUAUGGAUUUGUUCAAUUCCGCGAUGCUACUCAGGCCCGCGAGGCGCUCGAGAAGAUGAACGGGUUUGACCUUGCUGGUCGUCCGAUUCGCGUGGGACUUGGAAACGAUAAGUUUACCCCCGAAUCAACCGCCAACCUGCUGCAGAGAUUCCAGGGCCAGAACCAACAGUUUCAGGGAUCCUCGUUUUCUGGUGCCGGUGGCCGAGGCCCCCCGACAUCAAAUUUUGACCGUGCUGGUGCUAGGGACAACGAAAAGGGCACGGGCGCAAGUGCCUUGGACGACACCGACGUUGCCGGAGUCAACUUUAACAACUACAGCCGCGAUGCCCUCAUGAGGAAGCUGGCCCGAACUGACGAGCCUAUCAGCGCCCCCAGUGAUCGACAGGUCGCCAAGCCCAAGACUGAGAUCAAGCCCAAUCUCCCCAUCAACGUCAACAUGGCCAGCCGCUGUGUGGUUCUCCGCAACAUGUUUGAUCCUGCCGAGCAAGAAGGCGAGGACUGGGCCAAGGAGCUGGAGGAAGAGGUUCGUCAGGAGGCUGAGGAGAAGUAUGGGCACGUUGUCCACAUUUCCCUCGAUCCUAACUCUCCCGGCGACAUCUACUUGAAAUUUGACAAGGUCCAGGGCGGGGAGAAUGCGAUCAAGGGUCUGAACGGCCGGUACUUUGACGGAAGAAUGAUCACGGCUGCGCCUGUUGUAGACGCGGUCUACAGCAGUUUGUUCUCUCGCGUCAAGGCCAUCUAAGUCACUAAUACGGCAUAUAUGUUGCGUGCUUAGGAACCCUCCUCGACCACACGUACUGCCUGGGCUUACUGCACUGAUUGCAUGUCCCAUCAUCUCACCUUUUCUCCAGACAAUAUCACCUUUUCGACAACCCCAGUUUAAUACCGCCGCCAUUGCCCCUUGUUCGGGUAGAGAGAGCUUGUCGAUAACCACACUGAUAUUUCGUCACAGAACGGACUCUUCUUUCGACUACACCACCUACUACAUCUGUUUCUGUAACCCCCCCUCGGUUCCCUGUCUGACAAGGAGCUUGGGUCUUGUUUUCAUCAUAAAAAGUCUUGUGUAUGGCGCAACGGCGUUGCUGAUAUUGUACAGUACCUAGGCAGAUACAGAACUCAGCGAAGCAGAAUAUGCACUUGAGUAUAUUGUUUGUCUCUUGAGUUAUUCUAAUUCAGGUAGUGAAAUUCGGAAUACAUGAUGAUUCCAUAUCUCCC